UGCUCUUUCUUCCCCGGGAGUUUCCAGAUACAUGUUACAUAUUCCAUGUAGGUGGCCUUUCCAUCACUUGCAUUUGUUAGGCCGUAUUAAUUAGGCAUUUUUCAUUGCCAUUAGAGCAAUUGGGGUCCUUAGAAGACACCUAUAGCUUUCUGAAAAAAGGCUUUUAAAGGUUAGUUCUCCUACUCUUCACCCAACAACUAUUUGAUUACGUUCUGAAAAUCCCCACAUUUGAUCUCUGUCACCAUGCUUGCUUAUCGUUGAAAUGAAUGAAUUUUCAAUCUUAUAGUUUUUGCAGGUAGCUCAGUGAAGGAGAAAACAGGCACAAUGGUUCCUAGAAAACGGAGCACGGUUGCUACGGGAGCUAAUCUCUUCCUGCGAUGGCAAAGUUAAAAACCCCAUCUGUAUCUUCUCUGUAGGUGAAAUCGAAAUGAUUAUUGCGAAUUACUUCCAAAUUGGUUGUGGAGGCUUCAGUACUAAUUAUAAGGGUCUGUACCAAGGCCGGCCAAUUUUCAUUAAAAGGGAAAUAAUUUGGAAUGAUAGCCAAAGAAGUGCAGAGUAUGUUUUUAAUGAAAUUGUUAUGUUAGCCCAAAUCAACCACAGGAAUGUGGUGAAGCUCUUGGGUUGUUGUCUGGAGACUGAGUGUCCCUUGUUGGUCUACGAAUUCAUCUCCAAUCGAAGUCUUUUCCACCACAUCCGCAAGUUCGACCUUUCCUGGGAAAUUCGUUUAAGGAUAGCUACUCAAAUUGCUGAUGCGGUUACAUAUCUCCACGUAGCUUUUCCAAGUCCCGUCUUGCACAAUGACAUAAAAUCCACAAAUAUCUUAUUGGAUGAACAUUACAAUCCCAAACUAAUUGAUUUCGGUCUUGCAGUAUCAAUUCCGCUGGGUCAAAAGCAUGUAGAAUCGACCGAAGCAGGGACUCUCUGUCAUUUUGAUCCUGAAUACAUUUGCACAGGACAAUUAACAGAAAAGAGUGAUGUUUUUAGCUUUGGGGUUUUGCUACUUGAGCUUUUAACCGGUAAGGCAGCUUUUGAGGCAAGCAGAGGGAACAUGUGGUUGGGGGAGAUUGUCUUUUCUUCAAUGGAAGAGAAACGCCUUGGCUCAGUUUUGGAAGAAAGGAUUUUGAAUGACGGAAAGAUGGAGCAAUUCAUUGCAUUUGCAGAAAUUGCUUUGAAGUGCAUCAACGAGAAGGGGGAGGAAAGGCCAACAAUGAAGGACGUGGCACAAGAGCUCCGAUGGAUAAGCAAAUUGGGUUUUCUUCAUUUGGUCCCAAAACUACAACCUUCGCUGUGUGUUCCAUCCAGUUCAUGUGCAGGCCUACCAUGCAACCAAUGAUUUUAUUCUAAUUUCUGUUCUUGAAUUCGCAUUGUACCAUGUGUUCUUUACUGUUGAAACUACAUGAAGAGGAGUCCCAAUGUGAUUUGGAUUGUUGUCUAUAGGACAAGUUCCACCCACUAGAAAGCUAAUUCUAGGUGUACUGGUUCUUGCUGCUGAAUCAAUUGCCCCACCAGCGAUGUGUAUCUGGACUCUGAUUA